AUGCGACAAUGCGAUAUCACUGAAGAACAGCUGCGUCAGAUGGGUAGAGUAGGCAUUCAAGAUAAAUGCAAGCAAUUGGGUAUACCUUUUUCUCAUAAAGAUUCAUCUGAACAAUUGAUCAACAGUAUAUUGCUCAAGAACGUAAAGAAAAGGUUUACAAUAACAAAGAAAAAGAUAGACAAUAAUGAUCAACAACACACCAACACGAUGAAUCAUUAUAAUCGAGGUGCAUUAGAGUAUGCUCUACCAUGGCCUAUCGUACAACGUAUAUUGACACUUAUGUAUCAAUACAGCUCUCGAUGUAAUUGUGUUCAUAGAGAUGCGUUAGAUAGGGCAUUCGUGGCACAAAAAAGAUUGACAACCUUUAACCCUCAAGUUCAAGAUCAACAUCAGAUCGAGUUGCUCCUUCAUACCAACAUGAUGCUACAAAGUGAAGUGAACCAACAUUCACUCACUAGAGAUCAACUAUGUACUAUUCAUCAAUUCAAUCUCGAUCAAGGAUAUGAACCAAGCUUUGCGCAAUAUACUUAUAGAUGGAUGCGUAGUAUGGCAUUGCUAAGCAAGAGAGUAUUUGCAUUUAUAUCAACCACACUAUUCACCAACAUUGUGAUGGAUCCAACAGCCGACACAUGGAGACAUAUCACCAACAACUAUUGUAUCAUCAAACAACCAAAGAUACUGACACUUGUCUCUCCAUCAUCUGACACUCAACUCUUCUUUACAAACAAAUCACAGUCCUCUUCAUCCGUCCAAUUUCUAAAGAAUGUUGAAAAAAUAUACAUCAACAAUCCGCAUCUAGUUGAAAAGGUAGCAACGAUCAGAUCAUUAAUCAAACUGACGCCAUCGCUUCGAUCACUCACCAUUAAUUGUAUAAUCAACCAAUCAGUGAUGACUGACCUAUUUAAAGACCCAUCAAUGAAAACAAUUACUUCAAUCAACAUUGCAAAAAUAGAUUCCUGGCAUAUGAAUGAAGUUUGGAGUCCUUUCUCUUUUGGUAAUCUUUUUCAACCCACAUCAAGUCUUGUCACAAAGAUUAUCCUACCACAACAAUUGGGGUUGGACAGAUUGGACAUUGGUACCAAACACAAUCUUCAGGCUAUUUCAUUAUUUUACCAACCCCAAGUACUACUCAAAUCAAUCGAAUUUCCAAACCUUCGUCAUGUCCAUAUUGUUAGUGGUGAUAUGAUUCCCGACAUACCAAGAAGAGUAGAUACCAUCACAUAUCAUGGCACGUUAUCAUUGGAGGUUAUUGAUGCCAUUUCAAAGUUAAAUAUCUCGACACUUCGAGUGAAACCAUUUGAUCUUGAAAAGAGCGUAUAUUUAAACAAGAUUACCUCUCUCAAAAAGAUAGUACUCCUCUCCUCUGGAACUAUUUUUGAAAGUCAUGUCAAUCACUUCAAACAAAUUGGAUUUGAUUAUGAUGGUUCAUCAUUCUCGGAGCAUUCAAAUACAAGGAAAGCAAUAUUUAUUAAAAAAGAUGGUGAAACAAAUCAUUCUGCAUUAACUAUAAAUAAUAAUAAUAAUAAUAAUAAUAAUAAUAUUCAAAUGAUUUCAACAUUAUCAUCAUCCAACAAUAACAAUAUUAUUUUACCAAAUACGAUUAUCAACAAAAUAAUCAAAAUGACAUGGAAAUUAAGAGAACGUUGUACAUGUGUUUAUGAAAAAGAAACUAUUCAAAAAUGGGUUAAUAUCGGAUACGAUAUUCUAAAAGAUGAACAAGAACUAGAUCGAUUCAAUCAAAUGAAGAAUAAUUGUCCAACUCAUUUCUCACAUACUCAACCAUACAAACCAUUGACAUAUGAUUUGAAAAAUAGUAAUCGAUCUAAAUUACAAUUAACACUUAUCAACAAAGAUAUAUUUGAUUAUAUCUCCAAGACCUGUUUCUCAGUUAUCAACCUUGACCAUUUUGGUACAUCUCACUCUCAAACGAUUGAUAAUCCUUAUUGUGUUGCAUUCAAACACUUUACAACUUUAAAAGGGAAUAUUGGUCAUAUUCCCAGACUCCAUCUCGAAAUGAAAGACAAUCUUCAAUACAUUACCAAAGUGGUUCUUUUUACUGGUAAUUGUCUUCAAGAUAUAAUCAAACUAUUACCAAACCUUACAACAAUAGACAAAUCAAAAUACUCUGUUUAUAGUAAUGACACGUCGCGUGGAUUAGAUAUAACCAAUCUUCACCAACUCAAAUACCUUACUAAAUUGGAUUUAUCGACUCAAAUAAGCAAAGGUUCAUUACUGGAUGAAAUCAAAGACAUGUCUCUCAAAAAACUAUGUCUUGCACCUUGGUACACAAUCCCUCAACUACCAUACAAAUUAAGACAGUCAAUCACAAAGAUAACAGCAUAUAAUGUGCCUUCAAUGGAUCAAUUUCCAAACCUCAACCAUGUGGUUAUUAACGAUAUGUGUGAUGCCAUCGAGUUUAAAUUACCUAAUACUGUUACAAAAGUAACAACGUAUCGCUAUCAGAUUGACUUUCUAGCUCACAACAAAUCAGUUAGACAACUAAAACUCAAAGGUCCAUACCAAGAUAGCAAAGAACUUGACAAAUUCAUAAAGACAAUCUCCACAUCAGAGUAUUCGCAUGUUCAAACCUUGGUGUAUUGCGGUGAUGACACAUUCCAGGUUUCAAGAGAUUUAUUCAAUGAUUUCAAUUAUCAAAUUGAUUAUAGUAGAACUAGUUUGGAUUACAACAUGGCUCAAUAUUUAAAACUGUCAAGAAUCAACAAAGAUCUUGAUAAAAGUGUCUAUUCCCCAUCAUUGAACACAAGAUCUCAUCAUCAUCAUCAUCAUAGCUGCAUCAUUAUGUAA